ACCUCGGCAGUCUUCGCCGAGACGUCGCGCAGUUCGCGUCUGUAUCCGCUUUUUCUGCGAAGCGAAAGGUCGCUCCGUUUUUGCGACACGGACCCUGCCUGGUACUUGUGUUAUCGUUCUCGGGGCGCAAGUGUCCUACGGUAUUCCGUGACGUACGUUUGUAAAUCUCUCGAGAGCAAAUCGAUUCGAGACGAGAUAUCGAAUACGGGGGUAGAUUAUCGACGAAUGCGAACGCGCACCGGUGUGGUGAACGUCGAGUGAAUGGUCACGAGGCGGUUCGACAGAGAACGGACCCGACGUGCAUGCGAAAACCGGUUGCGUUGAGAAGGUCAGUUACUGGAUCGGUGUCAGGAAACGCUUGUUCGACUGUUCGAAAGGACCGAUCCUGUUGACUGUCACCGUCUGAGGAAGUGGUGACUAUAGAAAGAACUCCAUUCGACCGCGUGUAAAGGGCGCGUUUCUCACGGACGCACGCACGCACGCACGAAACGACUCGUGCCUCGAACAGGUCCCGGUUGAAACGUCAAAGGCCAAGGUUGCUGCUUUCACGUGGCCUUUGUUCCGCGGACGAAGAUGGAAUGAGAGGAAAGAAAGCGAGAAAGAGGGGCGACAAGUAUCCAGCACGUGGGCGAGCACGGAAGACCGAACGAUCGACUCAGCACCACUCUCGUUGACGGAAAGAGCGGAGGGAAAGUGGAAAAGGAUAGCACGAAGGUGUCGUGGCGCUGAGAGCACUCUAGCCGGAGGGUAAUGCGCUUGGUGACCGGAAGUGAGAAGCCUCGGACGGCCUUUUCUUUCUUCGUCCCUCUGUCCUCUUCCCCUCUGGGCUCGUUCUCCACGGCGGUGCUCUCGUCCCGGUCGACCGACUGGAAGGAAGGAGGAAGGACGCACCGACAGCGCGGAGGUUUCACGAUCCCGGGGGAAACGGAGCUUCAGGUGUAGGGGAACAGGAAGAGCAACGGGGACAGCAGCCAACAGGGAGCGCCUCGUCCAGGACGGCGCUCUUCUAACGGCGAUAGGAGGGAGUUAUGGUGUCUCGCACAUGCGAUGACUGCGGCAGCAGCCGUGGCACUGUGGCAUCGUGCCCACCUUUACAAGGCGAUCGUUUGCGUCGUGCUCGCCCUCAUCGCCAUUCAGUAUUUACUUAGCGGCGUGAUCGAUCGCCGAUCCAUUGAGACGAUUUUCACCAUUAACGCCAGCAGGUACGCCGAUCGCACCUACAGGCAUCAUCCGCGGGGUCUCAUAAUAUACGGGCCCGUGACGGUGCCCAGUUUGCUCGGAAACAAUAAUGGCACCGCGACGACCAUGCAAUUGCCCGGCAGGGGUCACUCGAAUUUCUCCAAGCUGGAAACCGCGUUCCCCACUCGGAACACGUACGUCGUUGGAAGUUCCCAGGAAGUUUCGACGGCCAACUCGACGAACACCACCUCGUUGCCACAAUGCCCCCUCAUUCCGCCAAAUCUCGUUGGACCACUGGCGGUUAGCAAGUCACCUCCGGAGAUGUCGGUGAUCGAAAAGACGUUCGUCGACGUGAAACCAGGCGGCAGAGGUUGUCCCGCGGAUUGCGUCGCCAGGCAUCGCGUUGCCAUUAUCAUUCCGUUUCGCGAUCGACCGCAGCAUCUCCAAGCGUUGCUUUACAAUCUUCAUCCGAUGUUACUCCGUCAGCAGAUCGACUACCAGAUAUUCGUGAUCGAGCAAAAAGGCAGCGAGUCCUUCAACCGCGCGAUGCUCAUGAACGUCGGCUACGUCGAAGCCUUGAGGGAACGACUUUUCGACUGUUUCAUUUUUCACGACGUCGACCUACUUCCGGAAGACGAUAGAAAUCUCUACACCUGUCCCGAGCAGCCCAGACACAUGUCGGUUGCAGUCGACAAGUUCAAAUACAGGCUACCGUACGCCGAUUUAUUCGGCGGCGUGUCGGCGAUGUCGCGCGAACAGUUCCACAUGGUGAACGGAUUCAGCAACGUGUUCUGGGGCUGGGGCGGCGAGGACGACGACAUGGCCAAUAGGAUAAAAGCCCACGGCCUCCAUAUCUCCCGGUACCCGGCGAACGUCGCGCGCUACAAGAUGCUCACGCACAAGAAGGAGAAGGCCAACCCCAAGAGGUACGAGUACCUGAAGACGGGCAAGAAGCGGUUCUCCACGGACGGGCUGAGCGACCUUCAGUACGAGCUGGUGAACAAGCAGAAGCCGAAACUGUACACGUGGCUUUUGGUGAAGUUGACGCCCCCACAGCCCAGCUGAUGGCUGUCUUGGAUCGGAUAGUGGAGCAGGCCCAGAGACGUCGAUCGGCCGAUCGUCGUUUCGCGUUCGGUUCCGGGGCGGCGACUGUACGGGAACUGAUCCGAGAAUCGAUUCGCUCGUACCAAAACGAGCGAGCAGCCGAAGGGAAAAUACGCUUUGUGCGACACGUUGGUUAUUUGGGAACGAUCUCGAACGGUCGCGAGUGACGUUCGAGCGAAUGGGAGGUAAUAGACGUGGGUGGACGGUUCCAGGUAAUUUCAAGGACGAUGCACACCUUUCGAAAGGAGAUUCCGAGAUGUCCCGGAACGCCAACGUUGGAAACGUCGACGUUUGCAUCCGCUUAAGAUCCUCGCGAGUUGUUUCUCUCGGCGGCGAUCGCCAACGGGAGAAACGUUGUUACGUGAUAUAUUUUUAUUCCUCGUAUUUUUUUAUCGCAACGAUAGGCUAGAGAGCAAGGUAGAAUUGUAGCGUACGAGCUAACGUGCCAAAGGAGAAUGUGUUGUGUGCGUGUGCGCGCGUGAGUAACGAGCUGGAAGGUGCAAAAGAGAAGAGAAACGUGCAAAACGAGGGUAGAUCCUACCACGGACGUCGUUUUCGGAGUCCACUAGAGGUAUAACGGCGCCGAACAUAAUUGGAGCACGGCGAUUCGUCGAAUGAAACUGGUCGCGGAAGUAGGAUAUAUCAUCGCGCACGUAUGAUCGUUGUAAAGUAACUUUACUGAUUUCGCAGAUGUGGAUAUAUUAAUAAGCGAUCGUGAAACUUAUCGUGGAACAUGAUUGCAUUAUGACUUUAUAAUGUUACGUUGUGAUAAAAUCCGAAUGACUGCAAUGAUUAGUUGCAUUCCGAGAAUCGUCAUGUGCUAUUUUAUACGUCUAGCACUAUGUACAGAGUGUCUCACCUAAACCAAGCCACUCGGACACUUCACGAUUAAGUUCAAGUUUGGGGAAUCAAGGAUCGCUUACUGGUAACAUAAAGUUGAACGAUACUAAAAACGUACCAAGGAAAAAGACGUUAUUCAACCUUGAAAAACAUAAAACCAUGGCCUUGGAAAAAUAUCCUACGAAAAUACUCGUUGCGAUGUAUUCAUGCUUCGAUAAUCUAAAUGUAAAUGAUAUAGUUGUUGUCUUGUCGCGACUAGCGUGUCUUCUUUUAGGCGAGACACCCCGUAUACGCGUACGCGAGUACGUACGGUCCGCAGAAGUUUGAGGCUUCCUCGGUCGCGUUACGCGAAACGCUAGUAGCCCGAGUUUCCGCUUGACCAGCGCGUAUCUAGGACAGUUUCGCAGCAGGCGGCGCAGUUGGCUUCCAUUGAGUUCGCGCGAAUCGUGCUUGCGUUGCUUCUUGCGGCCGAACCGGACUCUGCGCGAUACUCUUUUGUUUUUUAUCGUUGAGACUCGAUACAGUUCCAGUGAAAAAUACCCUCGGUUUUAGCCAGAAAUCCAAGCUACCGCGGCGCGGUUGAUUGGGAUAUCCACGCCUUUGCCUUUGCAACUUGUACGCCUUCUUCGAGAUAUCAAUUGGGGCUCUCUGCUUCACGAGAAAAUUCAGGUACAGGUAUUUCCACUAUUGCUUCUUAUUUCCAAUGUAUUUGAAAGUUAUCUAUCUUCUCAAAAUAAUUAUAAUUCUAUUUCUUUAUUUCUUUAUUCUAUUUCUAUUUCAUAAGAAUUCAGAUUUAAUUAUGCCUUAUCUCUUAAACAGUGCAACAUAUAUUUUAUUGAUAUUUCAUACAUUUUCUCACGUUUUCACUUGCCACAAAUGCAUAAACAUCCGCAGUCUAUUUAUUAUUCUUGCUUUUUAUUAUGUUUUAAUUCGACUUUUACUCUCUUCUUAUGAAAAUAUCUAGUAGCUCUGUACGUUCAGUUCGAAUGUUAAUUAAUUUACGAAUGCAUAAACAGCCAAGAAAUAAUUUCAAUUUUAAAGAAUGAAAUAAAAUUCACUCAUCACUUCUCUACCUACCUACCCUGCAUCCAAGUAACGUGAAGCAGGAAGUCCUACCGUGUAUACUUGUUCUUCGCGAUAAUUUUCACAGCCACGCCCGUGACACGUGAAUUUUAAUACAAGUACGCGAUCGUAGGUUCCACCAGUAAACGUUACACGUUAUUGGGAGGACUCUCGCGAUGCGUUCGGCGUAGAACAGACGAUGGAAAUCGCGUUCUUCGUUCGUGAACUACUUUUCAUAGCUUCCAGCGAAACGGUGUACGUUUGUUUGAGUUUUUGCCGCUAGCUACCAUAAGCGUGGCGGCGAGAACAUUUUAUAGACGAGAUCUAGCUCGAUGAAUCGUCGUUCGAUGGACGCGUUCUUUAAGCAUCGAAUUCCUCGAUCGACGGAAACUGCUAUUCGAAGUCCGCGAUCACGGCGCGCUCGAGCCGAAUAUGGGAAGAGAAGCCUAUUUUUUUGGUUUGGGAUUCGUGUAGUCAUCGAUCAAAUAAGUAUCGUUAAUUGCGUCGCGAAAGGUUUAUUUCUAUACUGGACGCCCGAGUGAUCUUGUAUAGACGGACUUACAAUGGAAACGGUACUUAAGCGUGUAACGCGAACAAAUUACGGAACUCUGCGUAUUCGAGAACGCUCGUCGUUUAGCAUUUUAUACGUAUUUCCUUCGAACCUAUAUGUACACACACUCAUACACAGACAUACACGGCACGUACAUGCACACAUUUCGCACGAUGACCGAUAAUAUUCGCGCACGCUCGAUCAUUGGGAGGUGCCAUCCAUCGGUAGGUAAUUUAUCAUCGAAAUUGAUUGACAUCUGACCUGGAAGCUUGGAAGACUAAAUUCGAGGUUUGGAAUUAGUUUGGGUGAAGUCGUACGAAGAUGAGGCUCGAGGUACAUACUGGGACGAGGAAUAAGUUCGUAGGGUUUUAGUAUAAUUUAAUAUUAGUCCGGUUUAUUCAUUUUUGACAAAAUGUUGUGUACCUGUACAACUUUAUUUUGAAACAAACAAUCCAGGUUGGAUUGCUGUUAUCUACAAUAGGAAAAUAGGCCUCUCGAAUCGAGGCAAUAUUACCACAAAAAGUAAAAAAAUUUGGAUCCGAAUAUCGAAAGGCAUAUUCCUCGACCAUUAAAAUUUAGACAUACGAACCCUCUUGGUCAGUUUCCCAAGGUUUCAGGUGUGUUUUCCGAAUUCGAGCGUUUAGAUAAAUAACUUUCGAACGUAAGAUGCGUGGGUGAUGGAAGAAAGUGCGUUUCAAUGGAGGCGAGAAACACAAGAAACACAAACAUAUCACGCAUACCAUGGGAGAUGUGGUUACGCGCGCCACGUUUGAUCGCUUGGAAUCAAUACUUAAAUCGUUAAGGGUGAGAGUACGGGCUGUGAAUAAUGCACCUUCUUUGCGGCGACAGAAAUCUCGCGAGAGACGAGAGAGAGCGCGGUAAGGUCGGACCAAUUUCCUUUACGCGAUUACGUGCGAACGGCCCUCGAGAAAUGAAACUGUCGCUUGAAGAUUCCUCGAAUCGCUGCGCACGUUACUCGAAAUCAGUCGAUAUAUAUUCCCACCUAAGUUUAAAAAUGUAAACGAUAUUUAACACAAUAAUAUAUGUAUUUGGAGAACGCGCAACGUUGCGUCGACGAAUAGGAAACUCUAGGUGGCAACUGAUCGAAAAUUAUUUUUCCAUUGUUUUUCGCGAUUGGCAAUAUCGGCCAGCGUUAAAGAAACGAAACAACGCUCGUUGGAUCGUUUAGGUGCGAAAGGGUAAGGAAAUUUGACGUCCAAUUAAAUAAUCGUUGAAGAUGGAAAUUACUUAAUUGUUGUAUGUUAUCGAGCUUCGAGCGACGCAAAGCGUCAUCGAGGCCUUUCGCACGUCGUCUGUGUUUGUAACGGUAUCCUCUGCGCGCUCCUUUAAUCGUUCGUUCCUACCGAUCGGAUUAUCAAACGGCGUCAUCGGAGAAGUGAUCGAUGUUGGUCGUUUUUCGCAACGAUCGGAUAUCCGACGCUGUUCGCUGCGCGAAGUUCUUGGACGGGCUCGUUGACGUCGAACGGAGAUCGAACUCGGAGAAGAACGAUACACGCGAACGACGCAGUUCGAAGCGAUUUUCAUCCUACAAUUAAGGACACUGUACCGUAAUAAUCGUUAUCGAAUACUAUCGGUAAUAUCAUAGGUAGUCGAGAUAAGUAAGGGACGUCGGGAAACGUCUAACGUGUUUUAUCGACGCGUAUUGAGAAUGAACGUUUUCGUUUUUUUCUUCGAAUUAGUAGUCUUACAAUUAGAUUUCACUUUUGUUUUCCUCGGAUAUAAGGUGUUCGAAGUGAAAGAGAUAUUCUCGCGUGAGUUGUGAACGAUGCGUCAAGUACGAGUUUUGAGAGGUAAAUCUUUUAUUUUUCUAUUUAGUCGUUUCGUGUACGCAGGACGAUAAAUUGUACAUUUUCGACGACUUGUAGCGAGCCUCAGAAAUAUUCCAUACUCCCUGAACCGUUGACUUCUUCCAACGCAUAUGAUGCAUUUCUAGAACAAAAUGUUUGUUGGGAUCCUUAUCGAUAAAUAUGUAUACUGUAUUCGUUCAAUAUGACCAGAAAAAUGGAUUUACGUAAAAUAUUCACUAUCGAAAUCCUGAUUAUGUUUCCACUACACGAUGGACCAAACAGUAGAUAGUUGCUGGUGCUACACUUAGCGUCAUCAGCGCGCCGAGACGAUGAAGCGUACAAGUACUAAAACAACUGUUUCAUCCGAAUUGAACAACGAUAGUAAUAGUCACGGAGAAAUUGCAAACAUACAGACUUUUAAUUUGAUUUUAUCAAGAUUUUGAUCGAUAAUGAUCCCUCAGCAUUUACCCCAAAAGGUUGUAAACAGUCUAAAGUCAAUAGUAUGAACACUUCUGCGACUCGUUGUACAUACUUUGUUGAUUUCCGGUUAACGCUCGUUCCAAGUGUCGCGCGACGCGCGCAAUUACUAAUAUUUCAUCGACAAAGACAACAUAGUGAUCGAAAUAAAGUGCGUAGAGUAACAAGACCGUAAGUAUUUAUAUGUGGCGGUAAAUCGAUAGUCUGAUACACGUACGCGCGAGCGCGUAAACGCGGUAUAUACCGACGCAUACGAUUAUUAUUAUAAUCCGUCGCUUGUGUCGAGGCAUUAAGGUAUUCGCGGACAGUAAACGAGCACGAGGACUGUUUCUACGAUACCAAACGUUUGAUACGAAAGUCAACGACAUUUUAUAAACUUCGCGUUUGUACGCCGUAAGAGCAUAAGCCCAUCGUUAAAGCGUGAAACGUGGACAGGGAGAAAAUAGAACACAAAAGCAACAAAAAAACGCAAAAAAGGAAAGGAAAAAAAACAUUUAUCCUCGUGUACGUAAAACAUGGUAUCUUCUCAAUUUACCUGGAAGAUUACAAUUUUUCACAGGUUACACUCGUGAUGUAUCGAAACAAUAAAUCUUGUUAAAGCUUA